CGGAUCUUUAAAACGGUGACGUUCUUAAUUCCCAGCACGGACCCAAAAAAUGGCGAAUGCGCCUCUCUCGUUUCUCAGACACGGAUACCGAUCAAAUCCCUCCUUUUCCCCAAAUUGAAUGGAGCCAUAAUUUAAGUUUGCCUUGCAUCGGAGGAAAAUCCUCUGCAAUCUAAUCAUUUAUUUCGAAACGAGAGAUAGAUUCGAGCCCUAAUUUCGAUCGAUUUGGGAGAGAAUUUUCGAUUGUUGGAUCUGAACUGGAACUUUGUUUUCUAUAUCACGAUUCUAGGGUUUGCUUUUUGUAAUUUUGGGGGCGCGCUGUAUGAGCAGCACGUCAAGAGUUUGGGGUGCGGAUCGAUCGCGGUGCAAGGAGUAGAGAGGAUUGGGGGGAGAAGAAGCCACCGAUCGACGGAGGCGAAACAUGUCUGCCAUAGUGUGUGGGAAGAGAUCCAUUUUUGAAGAAUUGCCCUCUACGCCUUCAGUUUCUAAGAGAAUCAGAUUUUCUUCUUCAACCUCACCUUCGUCUUCACCUGCCCGGCACUCUCCUCCGAAAUCUUUUCCCGUUUCAGUCUCAGCCUCCUCCAACCAAUACCCCUUUGGAACUCCCUCGCAAUCCUUUCAAUUUAUUGAUUGUCUAUUGGGACUUUUCCCGGAUAUGGACCCCCAGGUUCUGGAGAGAGCAGUUGAAGAAUGUGGAGAUGAUUUGGAUUCAGCUAUUAAAAGUUUGAAUGAGUUACGAUUAGGAUCUGCUUCCCAAAAUUUAGGUUCUGCUGCAGGCACAUCAGAUGUAGCAGUAGCAGCAGAAGGAAAUGUUCAACUCCAAUCACAAGUGACAACAAAUGGAGAGGUUCCAAUUGGGGAGGAAAAUCUUCCAAAGGAUGGUGCAGAUUGGGUGGAGCUUUUUGUUAGAGAGAUGAUGACUGCAUCUGACAUGGAUGAUGCCAAAGCUCGUGCAUCUAGAGUGCUUGAGGUUUUGGAGAAAUCCAUCUAUACACGUGCAAGUGCAGAUGUGGUCCAAACCGUCCACCAGGAAAAUAUUGUGCUGAAGGAACAAGUAGGUGCACUUAUUCAGGAAAACGCAAUUCUUAAGCGAGCUGUGUCUAUUCAGCACGAUCGUCACAAAGAAUUUGAAAACAAGAACCAAGAGUUGCAGCAAUUAAAACAACUGGUGUCCCAGUACCAAGAGCAAUUGAGAACACUGGAGGUCAACAACUACGCCCUAACAAUGCACCUCAAGCAGGCUCAGCAAGGCAGCUCCAUUCCAGGGCGAUUUCACCCCGAUGUUUUCUGAUGUGCUUGGAAAUUGAUUCCUUGGGUAGAUAAGCAGGUUGUGCUACUAAUCAGAAGGCACCCAAAGCCCUCAACUGUUGUGUUCCUGUCGUUUGGGGGCCAUAGCCUUCUGGUGGAGUGCCCUUUUUAUGCGGCCUAGCUAAGCAGAACCAAAUACACAAAAAGUUGCAUAUGAACACUAUUAAUUUGUCCCCCUUUUCUCGAUCUUUGAUUAUAUUAUUGUAAGAGACCUCAAAAGAAAAGAAAAAAAGAAUUUGAUUGUAUUUACAUACAUUAAUAAAUCUUUAUUUAAAAUGGUUUUGGCUUC